UCAGAGCUGUAGGUGAUUAUAUCGCAGCUUUGGUGCAUUGUAUAGUUACUGAUACAGCAAUGGAGCUUUUCAAGUGCCUGUUCAGUGUGGUGGUGGUUGCUCUUUUGGCUUGUGAUGUUACUGCCCAGAAUUACUGGUCAAUGCCUCUGCAGGAACACCAAGCUCCUCUUCCUACUCAGCAACAGCCGACUGUCCCUCCAGCUGCAGCUCCCUUGGAGAAGUGCCAGGUUGAGCAGGGAGACAAGAUCCAGUGUGGGACUCCAGACACCACCACCGAGCUCUGCGAGAACUUAAACUGCUGUUUUGAUGGGAGCCAUUGCUACUAUGGGAACGCAGUGACUGUGCAGUGUACCAGGGAUGGCCAGUUUGUGGUGGUUGUGGGUCGAGAUGCUACUGUGCCCAAAAUAGAUGUGGAGUCAGUCAGCCUGCUAGAGAUGAACGAUCCCCCCUGCACCCCUGUAGACUUCACCUCUGCUUUUGCCAUCUUUCAGUUCCCUGUGACUGGAUGUGGCACGACAUUCAAGGACGAAGAGGAUUAUGUGGUGUACGAGAACCACAUGUCUUCCUCAUAUGAAGUGGGAGUUGGACCCAGAGGAUCUAUCACCAGGGACAGCCAUUUUGAGUUAUUGUUUCAGUGUCGGUAUUCUGGCGCAGGAGUGGAGGCUCUUGUCAUGGAUGUGACUGGUGUUCCUCCGCCUGUGCCCGUCGCUGCUGCCGGACUCCUCAGAGUGCAGCUCAGACUGGGCAAUGGACAGUGUCACAAAAAGGGAUGUGUGGAGGAAAACGCAGCGUACAGCUCCUUCUACACUCAAGCAGACUACCCAAUCACUAAAGUGCUGAGGGAACCAGUCUACGUUGAGGUGAACAUCCUGGAGCGCUCUGACCCAAACAUCUUCCUGAACCUGGAGCACUGCUGGGCCACCUCCAGCCCCAAUCCUGAAAGCAUGCCACAGUGGGAUCUUCUGAUUGAUGGGUGUCCCAACCAGGAUGACCGUUACCUGACCACCAUGGUGCCUAUUGAUGGCUCCUCUGGGCUAAGUUACCCAACGCACCACAAGCGUUUUAUCGUUAAAAUGUUCACGUUUGUGGAUCAAAGUGACUUUUCCCCUCAAAGAGACACGGUGUUCAUCCAUUGUUCCGCGGAAGUGUGUUAUCCCAGCAGCACAUACGGGUGUGAACAGUCAUGCCACCGUCAACGAAGAGCUGUAGCUGCCGGGAGGAAGGUUCCCUCAAAUUGGAGGGCUCUGGUCUCAAGCGGAGAGGUGAUCCUGACUAAGCAGAGGACAUAAGCUACAAAUGCCAAAUCUAAGCAAUGAUUCCACUUGCUGACUUCUAAUAAAAGGUCAUGCUUACAA